GAACCCCAAUUCAUACCCUGUCCCUGUCAUCAAGGGCGAGUCUCUCUUGACUGAUUGUUAUACUUCUCAAGAGUUGCUUGCAAAGUUACACUUUAGCAUGGCGGCCCUACAAAGACAGAUGGUAAUAGCGACAGAGGAUGGAGUCGCUGUCAUUGAUAAACAGCUCAUAGUGGACCCAGAGUCCGGGCUGAUCCUUGAGGUGGAGAAGGCCAAGAUGGCAGUGGACACAGGAGACGGGAUUGUGGUCCGUGAGCAGCAGAGGAUCAAAGGAGUCCGAGUCCCUCCAGCUGCAGUUGGUGGUGGAGGUGGCCACGACUACAAUCAAAGGGCUAUUGGUCCAGGAAACAGAAACUCUACCUCAAAUCGUACGCCAAUAGCACGUGAUAGUUCUGAUGUUCCACCAGCCUACAGCUCCUUGUUCCCUGGGAUAAAGGAUGUUAAGAAUCAAGUAGGGAGGGCUCGUCAGCAGAAUGAAGGAAGAUCUGAAAAUGUUGCUGUACCAAUGACUCUCUGUGACAUCAUCUGCAAAUCAUUUCUCCCUUGCUGUGUCUACCUUCUCUUGUUUGCCUUUAACAUUUCAAUGAUUGUCAUUGGAUCAGUCUAUGCUAAUGAUUGCUCUCUCAAUCCUCUUAUUCCAAUAUUCCUCAUUGUCUUUGGCUCCUUCAGUGUAAUACAAACAUGCUGUGGAAUGUCUAAGAUGAUCUGCUGUCGUGAGAGUGAAGAUGAAAGUGAUACUAAUAGGCUCUGCAGGAAGACCAACUUCUGUUUCCAAGGCCUUAUUGUCAUAUUCCUCUUUGCUUGGUUCAUUGCUGGUAAUGUCUUUGUCUUUGGUUCCUGGGGUGACUGGGAUGAUAGUGAUAAGUAUGGAGAUUACUACUGCAAUCCUGUACUGAUGUAUUUCUCCCUCAUCACCAUUAUUGUAAUGUAUGGUAUAAGUGCUCUUGUUUGCUGUUGCUGCCUUUGCUGCCUCUGCUGUUUAGUAUUGAUGGCUGGAGCUUCAGAUGAAUAAUAACACUGAUAAUAGUUGAUGUGAUUAUUAAUCUAUAGUAAGUACAUGUAAUUUGAUGAUUAUGAUCCUUCUAUUGUGGGAUCCUACUAGUAGUAGCAGUAGUGGAGUAUUCACUUUUGUAUGGCAUCAUUAAUUGACUGAUUUUGUAUGAUGUAAACUGUGCUCAUGUGUUUUCCUCUUGUGUUUAAGACCUUUUUCAAUUGAUUAAGUUAGCAAUAUUUAAGUUUGAA